AACCCCCUUUUUGACAGUUGACGCAUUUCGGCUUCUGUCAAAACAAACGAAGUUGUCGGCCAAAACAGCAACUUUCCUUCGAACGAAAAAGCAUAAACUCAUCCGUGCUUCGAUGAAAUGUACGCAUAGGCAGAGGACAUUCACCAACAAUUGCGCCCACUCUCUGCUUAUCUCAGUAUGAGUGAUUUCCUGGUGGGUUUCCGAUGCUGCCGAUGCUAAAGCUUCAUCAAAUCGUUCUGGAGUGUCCUUUCGUUCUACGUCGGCUUGGUGGACGGCAACGGAAAUAAUGUACGCACAAAGCGGCGUGGUGCAGGUGGAUUGGAACGAACGAUUCGGCAGUACCGUCGACAUCGGUACCGGCGCAGGCAAUGGCGACGUGUAUCGCCGGUUUCAAGACAUCGACGGUGGCAGUAACAGUUCGGCGAGCAACGACACCGAAAGUACCACCCUGCUGGAUGAGACGGUCCGGAAGCACGAGCGAUUGUACGACAUUACGCCGCCGGCGCCCCACAAUGGCGGUGGUUUCUGCAUGAAAAUAUUCCUUGGCCUGUGCUUUUCGGCGCUCAUCAUGUGCACCGUCUUCAUGAACAUCAUCUCCACCGGCAACGACCGGGGUCGUGUAGGUACGAUCGCCGGCUGGGGAUUGAACACGUCCCGGGCAACGGUCGACUACGUGCUGCCGGAGGAAAACACGACGCUGAUCGAUCCGCUGAACGUGUGCACCACCGAGGAGCGGUCCGGGCUGGUGGAGGAAAGCGGGAAAGUGUUUCUGCUGAUCGUGGUCUGCUCGUCCGCCCGCAACUUCGAAGCCCGCCAGGCGAUCCGCGAAACGUGGGGCAGAGUGCGGGAGUUUAAUUACGAUCAGUUCGCCCGGCUGCACGAGCGCAUGCGCGGCGAAUAUCUCGACCCGAAGGAAAAGCUGGUAGCGCAGGAGCUGCAGGAGUACAUGUGGCGCGUGCCGGACGGUGAUGACAGUGCGCCCGCCACAACCACCAUCGCAGGGAAUCAGGACGGUCACGCGAAACCGAACUCUUCUAGUCACAGUGACGGGAAUGGCGGAAGCAGCAGCAGCAGUCUCGCGGGAAAGGCAUUUAACGUUAAGCUCGUGUUUCUCGUCGGUCAAUCCGAAGCGGACUACGUACAGCAACGGCAGCGAUCAGCGGCCUACCCGCCGGCAGACAGCGAAAGCGACACGAGGCGGCCCGUGUCGCAGGCCACGGACGUGCCAGUGGCCGGCGGCGAGCCGUCGGCCGAUGCGACAGGCCCAUCCCAUUCCUCACUGUUUCCCAGCGGGGCGGACGUCGAUCCCGCGUUCAACCCGCCCGGCAACGAGCAGGUGGACGAGCUGCAGCUGCGCCUCGUGAACGAAAGCGAAGUGUACGGUGAUAUUAUACAGGAGAGCUUUAUAGAUAGUUACAACAACCUGACGCUGAAGACGAUCAUGAUGCUGAAGUGGGUUACCAACAACUGUGAUGGCAAAGUAAAAUUUAUCAUGAAGUGUGAUGAUGACACGUUUGUCAACGUACCGAACCUGCUGCACGUUCUGCUGGGCGGUACGGUCCCCCUAUACAAAGCGGCCAUAUCUUUCUACGACACCAACACGGUGGCGGUGAAGUCACCCAAAAACCGUCUCACCGUGGGCAGGCACCUGCUGACCGGGUUCCUCUUCUGCGAGGCGAAACCGAUCGGCGAUACCAGCAGCAAGUGGUACUCACCGACGUACAUGUACGACAAGGAUGUGUACCCAAACUAUCUGUCCGGCACGGCGUAUCUGAUGAACCUCGAGACGGCCCGGCUGCUGUACCGGGCGAGCCUGUCGACACCGAUCUUCCACCUGGAGGACGUCUACCUGACCGGCAUCGUGGCGGAUCGGGUGAAGGUACGGCGCCGGCACCAUCCACUGUUCUUCUACUCCUACACCAAAGACCUGUGCGCCCUGCGGGGCAUGAUCUCCCAGCAUCAGCUACAGGCGAGCGAACUGCGCACCGCGUACGACUACAUCACCAAUGGCUCGAUCGUGUGCAGCGGGCCGGAGAAACGGUUCACCGUUGGCCAGCUGAAGCUGCAGCAGCGCAAAAAGUGUCAAUGAUGCCGUAAACGGGCGGCCAUACCGCCAUCGGGCCGGUCGCGGCGACGCUAUCGCCAGUUCCUGUCGAUCUGGUGAUCUGUCUGUCUGUGUGUAUGUGUAUGUGUGUGGGUGACAAAGAGGGGACACUACUACCACUACUACUACUACUACUACUACUACUAUCCACCGAAUGAUGAGCAAUCUCUACAAGCGGACAUGACAGGAAGGAACGCCGUACCGGAAGAAGGAUCGUGGGCGCGUCUUAUACUCUCUUUAAUAUGCACAGUUACAAGCUCGAAACGCACAGCCAUUUCAACGACACACCCAGAAUCUCAUUUAGACUGUAAAGCAAUGGCACACACACACACACAAACGCACCAAACCGCCCACUGACUAACUUCGGCACCGUAUUUGCGUUCCCACCGCGCGGUGGUACUGGAACACGUGAACGCAGCAGUAGAGCUGCUUAGUUAAUAAGUAGAAAAAGGCAGAAAGAGAAGGGGCGACACACUUGCAAAAAGGGCCAGUUUAUGGAGCAUUAUUUACAUACAUAGACAACAAAAAAAAACGUUAAGUCUGCUGACGCGCUUCCUCUCAUCAAGUCAAGUAUAAUGCGAAUUGAAAAGACGAUUUGAAAUUAGCUAAGCUUCGCCUUCCAAUAAUGAACAAAGAAAACGUCCUUACAGAAAUUUUAAAUAACCGUAAUUGUACUUGGUAGGAUGAUCCUGGUAUGCAACAGGCUCCGACGAUCACCGCCACAAAUUGCGCAAGCGCGGUUUGCCCAGGCGGUGGGGGUCCUUUUUCUGCUAGUAUCAACUCAAAAUAGGAUAAUUUAAUUACUGGCGGCGCUUCUAUUGUCACAGUCACGUUAGUGGGAAUGUGUUAAAUUUGAAACUAGGAAAACACGAACAAAGCUGCCGUAGCUUCUCUCCUCCUCAGACUGGCACGCGAUCGGCACACAACCAGUCUCUGUUGUGUACACGAUAGAUUUAGUUUUAGCAUUUUUUUUUCUUUCUUUCUUCAAUUAAGUGUGUGCAUAGCUCCAUAUUUGCUAUAUUAGUAGUAGUUACGUUACCACAGUGAGUCACAUUUUAUCGUAUAGUGCAUUUUUCGUAUUUAUAACAGCUUUUUACAUCACAAUUUUCGUCUUGUUAGUCAGCCAGUUUGUUUGUUUCUCUUUCUCUACAAAUUUGCCUUAAUGCUCGAAAGGAAUGGCACACACACACACACAUACAAACACUAUUUAGGGUAGUAGUAGUAAAAUAGGCGCAAGGGUACGCGAUAAACUAUUAUAUCGGGCAACGAAGACAACGAUCCGGACGAGCAAACGUUUAGAAGCAAAAAAAAAACACACACAAAAAAGUGAAGAAGAUAAAUGAACAAAUCAUUUGAUUCAGCUGUGAUUCCUUAAAAGACAAACAAAAAGGGAAAAGGAGUAAAAGAAAUCUCAUUCAAACAAUUAGAUAGGGGCUAUACAAAGGGAGGGAGGCGGGGUUCGUGUGCAACAGUGUGCAAAGGAACAGAUGGCAGAUAUAUCAGUAUAGUGGAGCACAAAUUUACAGACGCGAACGCGGGCAUGACAAUACCGCCCUGCCAUCGUGUACACUCACAAACAAAAAAGGUGAGUUGCUACUACAUGUAGCAUUCCGGUUCAUUUGAUUGUAGAGUGAGGGGCAGUAGUCGAAAGGGGCGAAUAGAUUUGUGAUUCUAAAAGAAAACAAAACCGAACGACUGUGAGACGAGAGAAGAGGAUGAACAAAAGGGGAAGAGUCGGAAGCAAACGAGACGGCUUGAGCACUAACAGUUGAGUUUCCAAUGUUGUGAAACAGAGUUAAAGAUACAGAGCUCUCGUAGUAGUGCUAGUGAUAUUGUAGUAUAAAGUAAAGUAUUAGAUUUUUCAGAUCUUCUAACGCACUAGGUGAGACACAAAACUUUCAUGUUAAUGACGAGCAGAAAACGGAGAAAACAGUUUUUGAUUGGAUUGUAGUAUAAAGAAGAAGAAGAUAAAAAAACAGUGCUUGAAGAAUAAUCUAGCGCCGUAGACUCGAACAUGUAAACUCAACGAUGGUUGGUUGAAUUAGUAACAAAAAGCAGAAGAAGAAGAAGAAAAACAACUAGAAAAAGAAUCCAGUAUCAUAAACUUCCAAGUAAGUAGGCCGCGCAUUGAAGCGAAUAUUAAAAUUAAAUUUAUUAAAUUGCGAUCACAAACUCUCUAGAGGGGGUAGGGGAGGGGGGGAGGGUAGGAGUUAUUAGUGUACCGGGCAAACAAAAACAAAAACAAAACGAACGAAAACACACGUAAAAGGCACAAACAAAGAAACGUUAAAAGAAAUUGUUGUAUUGGGAAGUGUGGAAAAAUUGUUUGUUUCUUUGCCCCAAAAAGGUUCGAUAGCUGUGGAAGCCAACACUGUAGGGAACUCGGUUGCGGGAAGUUUAGUCCUUACACCACUUGGUUUUGCUCCUCCCGCUCGGUUCCCCGGUAGCUGCGACAAAUGCAUACUCCCCCAAAUGCGUUCGUUUCCUGCGCGCGAAUCAGGUUGGAAAUCAAAAUUGAAUAAAAGUCUAAAUCACGCA